AUGGUCGUGCGCCUGCUGCUCACCGCAACCCGAGAGCUCGCGGACGUGUCCAGCUCAGUGUUCCUCAGGGGGCACCUCGAGAGGGAGCUUAUGGCCUGGGUGAACAAGGCGGACGAGGUCGCAGAGGCGCAGGUGGCUGCGGCGGCCAGGGUGCCCGACACUGCUCCACCGACUAUCUUCGAUAAGAUCUUGAACAAGCAGAUCCCUUCGGAUGUGGUGUACGAGGACGACCUCGCGCCCUGCUUCCGGGACAUCAACCCGCAGGGCCCGUUUCACGCGCUGGUCAUCCCGAAGGAGCGCGACGGCCUCACCCAGCUCAGCAAGGCCCGGGCGGACCAGAAGGAGCUGCUCGGGCACCUGAUGUACGUGGCCGCCAAGGUGGGCGGCGAGAACUGCCCACAAGGAGGCGGAGUUCGUAAGUACGGGGAGUGGUGGGAGGCGGUGCACGCGGCUGCAGGCCUGGCGCGGGGCACAGGGGCCGUGAGGCUGCUGCGCACCGUGGGAAGCAUCUGCAGGGCCGCGGUGGCUAAGCUCGAGGCCGAGCUUCGUGCUCCCCCUGCGGCCGAGGAGACCCCGCCUCCAGGGGAGAGCCCACCAGCACCAGAUGCUGGCCCCGCAGCUGCGGCGCCGCCUGGCGGCGCGAGCCGCCGCCGCCGCGCGCAGAGGGCCAGACGGGCAGGUGUUGCGGGCGGCCGUGCCGCCGAGGUACCUUCCGAGGUGGAGGCGGAGGAGGAGAGUGACGGGGUGGCGGCCGAGGCGGCGGCGGAGCUGGCGGAGGCGCCUGCACGUGCAGAGGCUGGAGCUGGCGGAGCUGCCGCGGCGGGCAGCGGCGGCGCUGGGGCUGGCGGUGCGCCCAUGGGCCUUGAGCUCGUGCGCGUGCCUACGCGGCGCUUCGCCUGCGACCCAGCCUUGGCGGCGACCUGGGAGUGCCGCGCGGCGGAGGAACUCGAGCGGCUGACCCCUUGGCUCCAAGACGAGCUCGCGGCGCUGGGCCACGCGCCGUGCGCGCCUGGGAUGCUGGGCGCCGAUGGCGCACCGCCGUCAGGCGAGUGCUCUAGGGAGCAGGCCGCCUCGCGGCGGGCGGGGCGCUGCUGGCCGCGGCGCGGGGCGGCCCCCGCGUGCCUCGGGCGCCGCCUGAGGGCGCACCGCGAGUGCGACACCGAAAUUUCCGAGAUGUCAGACCAGGCGAUCAUCUGCUAUCCCACCGAGUUUGUCAAGACGCAGCUGCAGCUGCAGUCCAAGUCCAACCCCGAGUAUACAGGCAUCAUGGAUUGCGCGGCCAAGACGGUCAAGAAGCACGGGCCGAUGGGCCUCUAUGCGGGCGCCCUGCCGCUGAUCCUCGGCUCCUCUGGCAAGCAGGCCGCCCGAUGGACGGGCUACCAGACGGCCCUCGAGGCGCUCAAGGACGAGGGCGGCAAGGUCACCAUCCCGAAGAGGAUGCUGGCGGGCGCCUGCGGCGGCGUGACGGAGGCCCUCCUGGCCGUGACGCCCAUCGAGACGCUGAAGACGCGCAUCACGGACGACAGGCGGCGCGGCACCGGGAACUACUCGGGCUCCUUCGACGCCCUGGUGAAGAUCAUGAAGAGCGAGGGCCCGGGCGGACUUUACAGGGGCUUAGUUCCGACCAUCAUGAAGCAGGCUACGAACCAGGCGGUCCGGUUCCCCACGCAGCACUUCUUCAUGCAGUGGAUGACAGGAGGCGACAAGUCGCUGGCCGCCAGCCCCAUGUACAACGGGGCGGCCGGGGCCGUCGCCGGGGCGGUCUCUGUGAUCCUGACCAUGCCCCAGGACACGGUGAAGACCCGCAUGCAGGGCGAGGAGGCCAAGAAGCUGUAUUCGGGCACUUUGGAUUGUGCACAGAAGAUCCUGAAAAACGAGGGGAUCGCAUUCUUCUAUUCCGGAACGUGGCCGCGGAUGAUCAGAGUCUCUCUGGAUGUGGCGAUCACGUUCGCCAUCUUCCCCGUCCUGGGGAAGUACAUCUCCUUUCCGUACUGAGCGCGCUCGACCCCCCCCCUCCCAGGGGAUGGGGAGGAGGCCAGCUGGGCUGAUCUCUAGGCCGGCUGGGCUUGUCUUUAGACGCGUCGCCCGAGCGUGCUUUCCUUUAGGCCGUCUGGGCGCUCUCACGGUGCGCUCCAGUCGCCGCGUGGGGGCCUUCUCUUGCCAGGACCCCCCACGCCCGAACGGCUGCCAGAGCCAUAGCCUGCAUCUCGGAGAAGGGAGAUUGAGUGAGGGGCCUGGCAGUCCCGCGGUCUGAACCAUAAGCGCAGCGAGCCGCGCCCCAGCUAGGAGGCAAGGCACCUCUGGGCGCGAGUUUCGUCCGAGCCGGCUUGGAGAGCUUCGGGGUCCAAAGCAGCGGCGGGCGG